CUCGCCGUGCGCCUUCAGUCAGUUGGAGGAACGUGGUCAACUGGAACGGCUGCGUUAUUCUCGGUGUGUGAGACAGCGUCCGAACGGCUCGUACUGGAACCUCCGGGUUUGCGAAAUCCUCCACUUUCGCAAAGCGCACCACAUUCGGGAAACCAGUUCUGCGGUGGCUUCGGUGGACCAGGCCGGCUAGCUUUCGAUUGUUUGCCCCUCUUUUGCGUACGAGCACGAGCGUGUGUGUGUGUGUGAGUGGUGGAGCGAAGAAACUGGACCGUGUCCCAGCGUGCGCGUUUCCAGUUUGUGAUCCGUACCGGAGGUGAUCGGUGCGCUGUUUUGGUGCGGGUCAGCUGGUCGGCAUUAGUGUUGUAGUAUCUUCCUUAGCGAUUGAAUAAACUCAGACAAAGGGUGUGAAGAAGAAAACGGUAAAUCUUCGUAUCCUCCCUAACAAACGAGUGUGUGCCAUAAAACCUUGCAGAGUGUAAGAAACAUAGUGACGGUAAAUCUUCCACUAACAAAAGACAUACCAUCCGGUGACGAUUCACCCAGAGCCCCAUCAUGGAUACUAAGCCGAGCAGUAAAGUGAGCAGCGAUGGCAUCGAUGCUCCUUUAUGGAUGUUUUGGAAGCGACGGCGCUACAUUGUGGUGUUUAUGGCGUUUCUUGGUUUCUUCAACGUCUACUCGCUGCGGGUAAACCUAAGCGUGGCGAUCGUCGCGAUGACCGAGAAUCGGACCGUACAUUACGACAACGGAACCGUCGGAUACGAGCAAUACUUUGAUUGGAGCUCCAGUCUGCAGGGUUACGUGCUGAGUUCGUUCUUCUACGGCUACAUCCUGACGCCGUUCCUGGGUGGCUUUAUCUCGAACCGAUUCGGUGGCAAUUAUGUGUUUGGAGUUGGCAUUGGAACGACGGCUGUCCUGACGCUACUGACACCGUUGGCAGCGAAGGCUGGAGUAGCGGUCCUGCUGGCGGUUCGUAUUGUGGAAGGCAUUUUCGAGGGUGUGACGUUCCCCUGCAUCCAUGCCGUGUGGUCCCGCUGGGCACCGCCAACCGAACGGUCGCGUAUGGCCUCGAUCGCGUUCGCCGGAAACUACGCCGGAACGGUUGUGGCGAUGCCGAUGAGCGGAAUUCUGGCCAACGCUUGGGGCUGGGAGAGUGUGUUUUACGUGUUUGGUGUGAUUGGAUGCAUCUGGUUCCUGGCGUGGAUGUUCUUCGUGAAGACGUCGCCCGAGGUGGACGGGUGGAUUAGCCAGCGGGAGAAAGAGUUCAUACUGGAGUCGUUGGGACGUACGGAGGGUGAUCAGGAGAAGGUGAAGCACCCGUGGAAGGGCAUCCUGACGUCGGUGGCCGUAUGGUCGCUGGUUGUGUCCCACUUCUCGGAGAACUGGGGCUUCUACACGCUGCUCACACAGCUUCCAACGUUUUUGAAAGAUGCCAUGCACUUUGAGCUAGAGAAGACGGGAUUCGUGUCGGCCGUUCCGUAUCUGGUGAUGGGCAUCCUUCUGUUCGUGUCCGGCUACCUUGCCGACUGGUGCCAAGUGAAGGGUUACCUCACGACAACUCAGGUCCGUCGGUACUUCAACUGUGGCGCCUUCCUCGCACAAACCGUGUUCAUGAUCAUCGGCGCGUUCAUCCUCGAGCCUGGACCAACGAUCACCUGCAUCACGAUUGCGGUCGGAUUGGGAGCGUUUGCCUGGUCCGGAUUUGCGGUAAACCAUCUCGACCUCUCACCGAAGAGUGCCGGAGUCCUCAUGGGCAUUUCGAACACGUUUGCCACCAUCCCGGGCAUCGUUAGCCCCAUCAUCACCGGGUACAUCACCUCCAACAAGAGUGACAAUGAGUGGAAAACGGUGUUCUACAUUGCGGCGGGCAUCUAUCUGGUCGGGUGCGUUAUUUACUGGUUCGGUGUAUCGGGUGAGUUGCAAACGUGGUCCAUCGAGGCCCAAGAACGACGACGAGAGCAGGAGAAGCAGGAAAAGCAACAAUCGAAACCAAUCGAAAGUCUUGCCUACACGAACAAAGUGAGCAUGGAGGAUGAGCUGUAAGGAAGGCGCUGUUGGCUGGCUGUGAGAUUAGCUAGAGAACCCCCCGCCGGUGCAGAUGAACCGUCAAUAGCUGUAGUAGAUGUAUUAUGUGUAGAUGCAGCAGGCGUCUGCAAUGCGGCCGGUAUCUGGCUUGAGAAAAAAAAGAACUCCACUAUUUACGACGAAGACGAACGUGUGAAACGAUGCGCUUAAAGCGAUCUAGCUGGAAGCUGGAACCUGUUUGCUCGUUUGUCGAGUUAAAAAAGAAAUUAUCGUAUGUAAAAUAAUGUAAACGUAAUUGUCAAUAAAGUAAAGUAAUUGUUUGAAAAUGUAA